AUGGCUGACUUCACACAGGUUGCUAAACAAUUCGUCGAAUUCUACUACAAGACCUUCGAUGAGAACCGGAGUAACCUUGGAAGCCUCUACCGCGACCAGUCUAUGUUGACGUUCGAAACCACAUCCAUCCAAGGAGCUACUGCUAUUUUAGAGAAGUUGACUACUCUGCCAUUCCAGAAAGUCGCCCAUCAAGUAGCUACCCUUGACGCUCAGCCAUCAAACGAGAGCGGUGGAAUUAUGGUCAUGGUCACUGGUGCCCUCCUGGUUGACGACUCGCCAGCGCCCAUGAAUUACAGCCAGUCCUUCCAGCUCCUCCCCGAUGGUGCCGGAAGCUACUUCGUCUUUAACGAUGUUUUCCGCCUUGUCUAUGGCUCUUGA